AAAGCAAGCAGACUGUCAUGGUUUCCCCUUUAUUCAGCAGGUCUGGUCUUGCUGCUGCAGCUGCAGCUUGGCGCAACCUUCAAGCUCGUGUGUUAUUUUACCAACUGGUCCCAGUACCGACCAGACCCUGCCAAGUAUAUGCCGGAGAAUGUGGACCCAUGUAUGUGCACCCACCUCAUCUACGCCUUUGCCACCAUGAGCAACAACAAGAUUGCCCCCUAUGAGUGGAAUGAUGACGUUCUCUACCCAAGAUUCCAGGCCUUGAAACAGCACAACGAGAACCUGGUUACACUCCUGGCUAUUGGUGGGUGGAACUUUGGCACUCAGAAGUUCACCACCAUGGUGGCCACAGCUGGCACCCGUAAGAUCUUCAUUGACUCUGUGAUUGAAUAUCUCCGGCAAUAUGGCUUUGAUGGAAUUGACCUGGACUUUGAGUAUCCAGGAUCCCGGGGCAGCCCUCCUGAGGAUAAGCAGUGCUUCACUAUUCUGAUUGAGGAAAUGUUAGCAGCUUUUGAGGCUGAGGCCCAAGCCACAAACAGACCCCGACUGCUUAUCUCAGCAGCUGUGUCUGCUGGCAAAGGGACCAUUGAUGCUGGCUACGAGAUUGCCAAGAUUGGAGC